AGCAAAUAAUGAGUUAGCAGUUCAUUGAACUUCAGCGGUGCGAGGGUUAAAGUUGUGUUUGACUGAAACAUUCUGCAGAAAUGUCUGGCUACAAGUUGUUCUACUUUCCAGUCCGCGGUGGAGGAGAAAAAUGUCGACUUGCAUUUGCGGCUGCAAAGAUUGACUACGAGGAUAUUCGAUUACCAGCCGAAGAAUGGGCAAAAGAGAAAGCGUGUAAGUAAAUAUAAAAGUUCCGUGAAGUGCGCGAUGAUGAAUUAUUUUUCGAUUGUAUUUUUAGAAUUUUGUGAUCUUAAAUGGCUGUUUAUAACUGAAUGCGAUCAAAGCCGAUGGCAAAUACGCGUACCGUACGCAUACAUUCACUUGAAUUUCGAUCGGUUUUAUGUGUGCGCGAAUGCUAUCGUACUGAAAUAAAAUAAAUUAUUGCUUAGUCACGGGCCGCUGACAAGUGUGCUCACCAGCCUACACACUCGUUUGCUUCCGACCACAAAUGGUAUCAAUGAUUUUGUUAUUUCGUCACUGAAUAAAAGUUACGUUUUCUUCGUUUCGAAGACUGCUACGAAAGAAAGUUGUUCUCUGAGGCCUGGGUCAAAGGUAUGUUCUGAGGAUAUGAAUGACGGCGUUGCUAAAACGAGGGUAGGGUGAAAAUAAUAACACGAAAAAUAAAAAUAUUAGAAUUUGAAUAUUUUUAGCAACAUGCACCGAGACAUCCAAGAACAUCUUCUGUUUGAGCAAUAACAUGAACGCAGAAUGACAAAUUCAGAUAGUUUUGAAUAUUCCAAAUAAUCCCUAUUAGAAUCAAGCCAAAAACUACUUGCCAAAUUUUCCUACCCAAAAAUUCCCGGAAUCGAAAAUUCAGUGCCAAAAAAUCCUUCGUUCAUCUUCGUCACUUGAAAUAAGGAGUACCCCUCCCCCGGGCGUUCAACGCGUUCCCUCCUCGCGAAGCGGGCGCGUUCGUAAGGAACGCGUGACAAAGCGAGUGGUGUAGGAGUUGCUCAGAAGGUCUCUCAUCUCCUAAUUGGUCGCAGGAAACAAUGACAUGCCAUUCUGCCAAUUAUUUUAGUAUUGCUUGGGGCCAGGGAAACUCACCAUUGGUGACCUCUCUUCCGAGCAGCUGCUACACGAUUUCGACGAAGCCCAUAUGGCUUUUGCUCAGGUUAGCGCAAGCGCGCGCGAACGCGAACGCGACAAACAAGGGUCCGUCAAGCGCGUGGUCAUUUUCGCGUUUCGCUCAACGGACGAUGAAAAAAGAGAGCGUUCUCGUUGUCUUGGUAGGUGUGGUCAAAUAACCGUGAAAAUCUGAUGAGUCUCGGUUGGCGCAAUCCUAUAUCAGAAAUGAGCUAAAUCUUAAUAGAAAUUCGAGUUUGGGACGUGGUCAGGCUGGUCGCAAAAUUUUCGCCACAUUUUGCUUCUAGGGGAAUGAAAACCGAUUAACUUCCUCGUUGUUAGCUUGCGUGUUAUGCGCCAUGACCUACCCUAUUUGAAAUAUUAGCACCCAGGAAAGAGCAACUCCUAAUAAUGGCCUAUAUAGUGAGGUAUGGUAUGGUAUGGUAACUUUAUUUAUACAUGGUAUUUCCUUCAGGUACAUUUACAUUCAAGUAUAGAAAACUAACAACCUAACUAAUCUAUAAUCUAAGAUAAAAACUAAAAUAAUAAAGAUGAAAAGAAAACACCUGCUUUUCAAGGAGGCUGUGUGUAAAAACAGCAUAUCAAUGAUUAAAUUAUUUGACAAUCGAAAUUUAGGUCCCUUAAUUAUUCCUUAAAUGAAUUAGGGGAUGUCAAUUGCCGCUCCUCCAGACUCCAGGGGCAAGCCGUUCCAUAACACACUUCCGCUGUAAGAAAGACUUAUUUUAUAAAAUUGAGUACGGGGUUGUGGAACAGCGAGAUUGUAUUCAUUUUCUCUAAGGUUAUAACAAGAUAAAUCUUCACCCAAAGCGGGUCCAUUUUUCACCUUUUAGGUAUAUGAAAGGGUAGGGGUUUCAUUAGUAGAUGAUGAUGAUGAUGAUGAUGGGGUACCAUUUAUCAGUUGAAAGGGGUAAUUCUCAGUCAAAAUAGUUUGUGUAAAAAGUGAGGUGUUGGACCUUAGGGUGAAGCCUCUCCGUAUACGACUUCAUUGAAUAGACCCCCCACCCCCCUCCCCGCCCCCGCCGGGAUUUAGCAUUAUUAGAACCAAGGCGGCUAUUGGCGUCUCCUUAGAAGAAACCCCGACGUUCUACCACUUUAAUUUUCUCUCUGUUCUGUUUCAGCUGGUAGACCACCUCUUGGUCAAAUGCCCUUCAUUGUGACUCCUGAAGGAAAAAUCCUGGCACAGUCUGGUACAAUUACGAAGUACAUCUGCAAAAAAGGAGGUGAUGUAUUGAACGUAAUUUGUUAAUCAGCAUAUCAUUCCACAGGCGGACAAUUCGAACUGUUUGAGGCAUUAUCUGCCCCUGGGUCUCCGGGGAUGGAAUUCUUAUGCUCCCUCUUGGCUUGAUUCAAGUGAUCGGGAGAAAUGCUUCAUAAAACUCAGAAGUUUUCACCUUGUGAUGCCAAAUGUUAUUUGAGGUAAGAAAGUUGAAAAAAAAAAAGAUUACUUACCAUAUCAGGGGCACCCAACGACGGUUUCCUCCUAAAUACCCUGAGAACACUUUUUAGGCUAUCCAGAGUACUUUUAGAUCUCUACAAAAGCAUUCUCAGCGGCGCUACAAAAUUUGUAUCUGUUCUGUCAUCCUAGGGCAACCUAAGACUUUUCGAAAUUAUUAGGGCUCCAGUUUUACUUUCCAGAAAAUUUUAGAUGUAAUUUAACGUUUUACGAAAGUGACAAUUUUUCUAAUUCCUCUCUUCAUCGCAUUUUUGAAUCCGAACAUUUUAGGUUUCCUUUUUCUACGAAAAAUAGCCAAACCUUGGGAGUGAAAUGUGAAAAAUUAAACUUCAGAAAAUCGUAGGGAAUUUGUUAGGAAGCUUCGAAAAUUGUACACGAAUGGAACAGUCACGUAAAAAUUUUUAGCCGUCCUCAAGUAAUACAAAAUUUUAGGCAAUAUUUGCUUCUCCGAACGGAUAUUCUACAGAAACAGUCGUUGGUUGCCCCUGCCAUAUGUUUUCAGUGUCGUUCUCUGCUUUUUUUUGUGGCGAUUUGAGUCGCUUGAAACUGACAUCACACCACUAAUACAAUACCUUACAUUAACAUUUGGGAUCAAAAGAUGCAAACUUUUGUUUAAGCCUUCUCCCGGUCACUUGUGUGAAUCAAGAUAAGAGCGGGCGUUGCGUUAUGUAAAUGUACGAGAUCACAAGUCGUGCGUGACAUCACGACGCCCCGAAAAGUUCGAAUCACGAGUUCAGGAGUUCCCUGUGAUCACUUAUGCUUAUUAGCCGCCAACGCAGACGUUCUAAGGAGCUUCGUCUCGCCCUUAGAACGUCUGCAUAGGAGGCUACCUGCCGAUAUACUAAAGAGCCUAUCUCGGUGAUCUGUCGGUCUGUCUUUCUUUCUUUCUUUCUUAUUUUUUUUCUCUUCAUUCAUUCAUUCAUUCAUUCAUUCAUUCAUUCAUUCAUUCAUUCAUUCAUUCAUUCACUCACUCACUCACUCACUCACUCACUCACUCACUCACUCACUCACUCACUCACUCAUUCAUCCCUCCAUCCGUCCGUCGGCCCGUGCGUAUGUGCGUUCGUUCCUUCGUUGAUUCGUCUAUCUACCUCUUUUCUUUCUUUCUUUCUCUUCUUUUUUUCUUAUUCCUUGUCUGUGUGUCUCACUCACUCACUCACUCAUUCAUCCAUCCAUCCAUCCUUCCGUGCGUUUGCGCAUUCGUUCCUUCGUCGAUUCGUCCGUUCUCCCAUUUUUCUUUUUUCUUUCUUUCUCUCCCUUUUCUUUUUUUCUUAUUCCUUGUCUGCGUGUCUUUUUUUCUCCUUUUCAUCUUUUCUUCCUUUCUUUUCCCUCUUGUUUCUUCUUUAUUUUUCAAAAAGAAGAGUUAAGAAGGUGUAUGCUGGCUUAGCUUUUUUUAAAAGUAUUAAUUAAAAUACCUACUUUGAUAAUUAGGUUUGUGCCCAGCUGACAGUUUUGAUGAAGCGACAGCGGAUAUGAUCAGUGAUGGAGUUACUGAUUUACUUCAGCAAUUUAGCAAGAUAUACUAUGAGAAAGACGAAACGAAGAAGGUAAUGCCAGAGUUGAUGUCCGUGUCAGUUUCUCUAUGUGUUUGUCAGGCUUUACUCUAGACUACAAAAUAGUCGGUCGUUUUCUUAAAAUUGGUUUUGCGAGGCGCAAAGCGCGUGGGCUCGUAGGGCCCCAUGCAGUCUAGAUUUACUCAAGAUGCCUAUUCCGACCCUUACCGACAGGUAAUUCUUUAUUUUCCAACAUUGAGAAUUGAAGCAAAAUACCUGGCUAAAAUUGAUUCAAAUAAUAGCAUUUGUAUGAUAUGAAAAAUUAUAAAGAAGGAAUAUGAACACAAGCCAUGUACCAUGGGGUACUUACGACUUCAUUAAAUGUUUUUUUCUAAGGAAACGCCUCAAAGUGGUUUUCAAGUUGUCAAUCAACACAUAGAUCAAUAAACGCUUUCACAAAAAUAAUAUCUCUCUACUACUAUAACACUUGAGAAGUAAGAAUGAAACUUUUCGUUUUUUGCGGCCUUUUAGCACUUUUAGAGAUUUUUCUCUCUUGUUGUCACCGAAGCCGGCCACUUACAGGACUGGCUCUUGUAGACGAUCAUUUCAUACGGAGUUAUAUUUACUAAAGGUUGCCGUAAGUCCCAGGGAGAGAUUAUGCGGGUGGGCUCCGCCCCGGGGUCCAAACCCUUAGUCAUUUGUAAGGCCUCUUGAAGAAGAAAGGCCGUACCUUUCGAAUUAUCUGCUUGCUUCUUUCCGUUGUCCAACCCCUUACCCGUUCAUGUACUAAUUUUGACGGAAAAGUUACCCCUUUCAUAUACCUACUUAAAACCUUAGCAUCCCUUUUAACUGCUGUAAAAGCACUGUCUGUGAAAUAUGUAUAAAUCACAGAAAUGGCAGACUUCCCUACCCUACCAGAUUCUUCAACUAAUUAUAAUGAAGUCCCCACCUUUCAUUUACUUGAAACCUAAAGAAGAUACCCCUUUCGGGGGCGCGGAGCCUCCCCGUAUAGGCCAUUAUAAGGAGUUCUCCCCCACCCCCGGGCCGUAAGCAGAGUCUUCUCAGUGGCAUGUGUCCGUAACGGGAUUUGACGUAUACUUCUCAGUUCUGCUCCGUGUACAAUCCCGUAGGUUUUACUCCAAAUUCUAUUUCCCAUAACUUAGUGUUAGUUAUUUAUAAUUUUUUUUUUGCCUUAAUAAUAAAGGAUGAGAUAAAGAAGGAGUUUUAUGGGACGACGCUCCCUGCCCGACUCGAGAAAUUUGAAGCUCUUCUCAAAAGCAGGGAUGAAGGCAAGGGCUUCUUUCUGGGCGAAAAGGUGAGAUAAGAGGAAUGCUCAAAGCGUGGCAAGUGGAUUAGGCUUGCUUAAAAGACUAACGAGUAUAACAAUGUUUACAUUAAACAGGAAAGCUUUUGCGCCGUCACCAACCUCGUCCCUAGGGCUUUUCCCACCCAUUUUUUGAGGGAAAAGCCCUGGGGACGAGGUUGCGCCGCCACUAAAAUCACAGCGGACAGGGCAUCUGUUCACACACAAGAACGGUUGUGGCAGUGCCAGCCUCGUUCCUAGUCGUCCUCGGCGAUUUCGGAUGUGACGUCACCUCGGAUAGCGCGAACUGGCCUGGGUAGGACGCUGUGGCAGUGCGAUUCUGACGGAGUGAAUUAAGCUGGGCCGCGCUGAUCUCGAAAGUGGAGCGUCACAUAUCGGAGCGGUUUUGUGCCAUAAUUGGUGCAAUGUGAAUUCCUUUAUAUAUUCUGCCCGUUGGGGGAAGAAAGUAGGUAGGAGCGAGGCCUGGAACCCACUGAGACGGAAGUAAACGAAACCUUUUGGUCAACUGCGCCGGUGCGAUGCUCGAUGUGUGUGAACGACUUGUGCCGCCCCGAGGUGUUGCUGCUCAUACUAUACGGGCUAGAUUUUCGUGGCGCCAUGAAAAGCAAAGCUAUUCAACUUAUAUAUAGUGUGAAAAUAGCCUAAAACAUUGCCUGCGGCUUAUCGCCACCCACAGAAGAAAGGUUACCCAAUCGUACGCCUCUAGAUUAACUGCGAUUUCUUUCUGUUUCUUAUCCGCAGCUUUGCUAUGCCGACAUCACUGUCUUUGACUUCUUGAACAACUUUAUUUCGAGGGGUAAAGAAAAUGUUCCUGGAGAACUUGAGAAGUUCCCGCUCUUGGUGGAGCAUUAUAAACGGGUGUUAAACGUGCCCGAAAUAUCGGAGUGGGUAAAGAAACGCCCUGUAACUGAAUUCUAAGCUUGUUGUCUUGCUAUUGUAGCAACUGUCAAGUUAGAGAAAGGCCCAAAGCAGGGAUUCUAGCGUAUGCCGUAGUUAAACGACUCCGUGCGUCACUGUUGUUUUUUUAAGGU